AACUCUCAAACUAAAGCUGAUUUUAACUGACACGGCGAGCAGUUCUCCAGAUACACUUAAAGUAGAUUUUAAAACCAUCUCCAAAAGUACUUUAAUUUUUUUUUUUAACUUCAAUAACACUUUGCAGCCAUGACGUCUAGCAGUGAGCCUUUGGAGAUAACUGGCAAUGAGCUGGUUCACAUACUCAGGACCCCCCGGGACCAGUACACCUCUGGUGGGUGUGUGGUUCUGGACUGCAGGCCUUUCCUCGAUUUUUCUUUUGCGCAUCUUUUAGAGUCCCGAAACGUCAACUGGAACUCAAUGCUGCGCCGCAGGUCCAAGAGCUCGGUGGUGGCUCUGGAGUGGCUCAUCGGGGACAAGGCGCUCCUGGGUCGGCUGCGGCGCGGGGAGUUCUCCCCGGUGGUGGUGGUGGAUGAGAGCAGCAGCUCCGUGGCCGAGCUGAAGGCAGAGAGCGUGGCCCAGAUGCUGCUCACCGCCCUGCACAACGAAGUUCAGACGCAGAUCUGCUUUCUACAAGGUGGAUUUGAGGGAUUUUCAGAGGCCUAUCCAGAGCUCUGUUUCAGCUCUGCCAGCAGUCACCUCUCUACAGUGGAACCAGAGCCAAUAGUGACGGGUCGUAGCACACCAGCAUAUGAUCAGGAUGGUCCAGUGGAGCUGCUCCCCUUCCUGUUUCUGGGCAGUGCCAUCCACUCCUCCCGCAGAGAGACCCUCACAGCAGCGGGCAUCACAGCUGUGCUCAACGUUUCCUCUACGUGCCCCAACUUCUAUGAGGGGGAGUUUCAGUACCUGCGCCUCACUGUGGAGGACAGCCUAGCUGCUGACAUCAGAGCCUGCUUCUCCACCGCCAUCGCCUUCAUCGACUCGGUGAAGCAGAGUGGUGGUCGGGUGCUGGUGCAUUGCCAGGCAGGUAUCUCUCGCUCUGCCACCAUCUGUCUGGCCUACCUGAUGCACACGCAGCGCGUCAAGCUGGAUGAGGCCUUUGACUUUGUGAAGCAGCGGCGUCAGGUCAUCUCCCCCAACCUGGCCUUCAUGGGACAGCUGCUGCAGUUUGAGACCGACGUUCUCUGUCAGGGUUGAAGGUGCAGACGCAUUAAGAGGAAGGAAGCUCAUACGACUCUACGAAAUGUAUUAAUUCCCUUGCUUCUUGUAGGCACUGUGCUGGACAUUAUCUGGACUCAGAGUGUUUGUACAAAUAUACUGUUUGUGCUAUUGAAGCUAGUACAUUUCAGAGGCGUAUACUUUGUACGUUCAGGAAAAAAGCUACUUGUGCUGCUGGCAUCACAUAGCUGGGGGAUCUCCUAUUUUCAGGAGAAACUGACAACAAACCGCCGUUGGCAUUAUAUAACUCCACUGUUAUAACUACAUUAUGAACAAUUGUGAUUCUGAGCCAGCACGUUGGAGCAGCUACGAGGUCAUUUCCCUGACAUUUCAUGCUUAAGGGGAAUCGUGCCUGCUCGUCUGGUUUUGUGUGUUUCUGUGUUAUUUUGUUUGACUUAUGUGCCUGAUCUUUUGCAAGGGCUGUCUUAUUUUCAUAGUGAAAGUCAUUCCUGCCCAGUUACGACCACUGUGACCCGACACGUCUUUUUAUGAGACAUCACUGUGUAAACUAUUUAAGGCAAUACUGAAUGAAUCUCACGUUUCAUUGUCUAAUUUAUAAAACUACAGUUGGUGUCUAAUCAUAAGUCUAAUCAUUCUGUAUCGUGAGACAUAUUACAUGUUGUACACUCAAACUGGAAGAAGUUGUUUUUAUUAUGUAAAUAGAGUUUUUAUUUUUAUUUAUUAUUUGAACAUUUAAGACGGUGUUUGCAUUAUUACUGUCUGUUACUGCACUUUAUACUUACAAGGUUUGGCCUGCUGUUUUUCCCACUAAAAUAAAAACAUGCUGGAGA